GCUCGCGGCCACUCUCCGCCGGCCCGCGCUCCGCGCUCCAGUGCCCCGCGCUCCUGCGUCCCGCGCCGCUGCGCCCCGCUCUCGUGCGCCCCCGCGACAACCCGCCGACAUGCUGCGCUGCGGCCUGGCCUGCGAGCGCUGCCGCUGGAUCCUGCCCUUGCUGCUGCUCAGCGCCAUCGCCUUCGACAUCAUCGCGCUGGCCGGCCGCGGCUGGCUGCAGUCGAGCAACCACCUACAGACGUCCUCGCUCUGGUGGCGAUGCCCCCAGGAGGGCGGCGGCAGCGGGUCCUACGAGCAGGACUGCCAGAGCCUCAUGGACUUCGCGUGGGGGAGAGCGGCGGCCGCCAUGCUAUUCUGCGGUUUCAUCAUCCUGGUGAUCUGUUUCAUCCUGUCCUUCUUCGCCCUUUGUGGACCCCAAAUGCUUGUCUUCCUGAGAGUGAUUGGAGGGCUCCUGGCCCUGGCUGCCGUGUUCCAGAUCAUCUCGCUGGUCAUUUACCCGGUGAAAUACACCCAGGCCUUCGACCUGCACGCCGACGUCGGCACCACCUACAUCUAUAACUGGGCCUACGGCUUUGGGUGGGCGGCCACCAUCAUCGAGAUCGGCUGCGCUUUCUUCUUCUGCUGCCUCCCCAACUACGAGGAUGACCUCCUGGGCAACGCGAAGCCCAGGUACUUCUACACCUCGGCCUAACGGGGCCGCGAGCCAGAGGAGAGCUCCACUGUCCUGACGGGUCCAGGGAAAGAAACUGCUUUCUCCAGACAGCCUCGAACCUGCGUUACAGCAGCGAUAAAGCUGUUCCUAUCGUUAAACUCGUCAAACAAGCUAACAGUAAUUUGAGGAGAAAUAUUUCUUAAAUGGUGUUACUGUUUCGUAUUCAUCGUUUAUAUAUGUUUUGUGGAGUAAAAUAAGAUAUGUUUCUUUAAACUAUUUACCUAUAAUAUACUACCAUGUGCUUUUAUCGUAUCUGUUCAUAACUUCAUAACAUUUAUACUGCAUUUAUACUGCUUCCAAGUUUCAAAUAACUUGUUCAAGCUUCUGUUUUUUUUCCAGAGUAAAUGGCUUUAGUUUAUUAAGGGCUAAGGAUAAGAAGGAAAAAUUGGUAACAUUUGUCAGUGGCCAAAAGAAACACAAAAAUUAAAUAUUUUUUCACGUCUUUUUAGCUAUUUAAAGAAGCAAAAUAGUUUCCUAAAUGCAUAUUGUCUAUGAGAAUUUCUGAUUAAUUUUCUGAAUAAUUGAUUUUUUGCCAAGUUUCAUGUUGACUUGACAGGUUGUCUCACAUUUUUCCACAGCCCAAGUCUCUUGCAGUAAGGCAUCCUUUGGGCAUGAAAUGUUGAUACGCUUUUCUCUUUUAAAGUAGUUUGUAGGGUUGGGGUGUGGGAAAAUGCUGUAUUAAUACUGCACUGAUUGGUGUCUGUAUUCCCAGGACCAGAGUAGGCCAGAGUGAAAGAUGGACUUGGUCUAACUCAUCAUGAUGGAUGGAUAUGACCAGUUUGUGAAAUAAAGCAUUAGUAGGGUCUUCUCCGUCACAAAAGUGCCAUCAGAUAGUCUAAGGAGAAGAAAUUGCUUGCAUUUUUCAUCUCAGGUUUGAUUUGGCUCUGAUCAUAUAGAUUCAGCUUCUGAUAGAUUGCAUUUGUAGGUGAAAAUGAAAAUAUAGUUAAAAACCUGGUCUUCCUUGGAAAACAGAUUUGAAAUGUCUGAUAUAAAACAUGUAACAGGAGAAUUCAGGGAGAUUCAGUUUCUCCGAAUGGGAAAUAUAUGGUAUAUCAGAUAUAUAUUUUUUUUAUCAUUUGUACUAACUGGCAUAAUGAAGACUGAUCGAUUCAUAUAGCAAAUGACUAUUUUGUAAGUUGAAGAAUAAGCAAUUGCAAACAGUUUUCAUUAUGAAUUUUUCCCAAUAAACCAGGUGUUCUGAUUUC